AUGGUCAAGGGUCUAAGCAACAAGGAUGCCGUCGUAGCAAUGGUUCUCGCAAUGAUGGGAACAGGAAUAACUUUUAUGCCGUAUGCAUUUAAAUCUGCAGGGUACCUUAAUGCAAUAUUUCUCAUGGUGUUCUUUGCUAUAGGAACAGCCAUAUCUUGCUACUGCAUUUCCUAUGCAGCCAAAUACUCAGGGCAUGAAAAUCCCACAUACUCUAGCCUGGCAUCUAACAUUUCCACGGCACUUGGAUAUAUAGUCAAUGUGUCGAUCUUUUUCAAUGGAUAUAUUGCUGCUGUUAACUUCUAUAGAUAUCUGUCUGACCUGAUUGUUAGGAACUCGCAUUACAUUCAGAACCUCACAAGCGAUUAUGAGAAGUCUAGAAAGGUUGUUGUUCUUAUUCUUGCGAUUCCAUUUUUGUAUCUGUCUUCAAAAAAGACAUUGUCUGGUCUUGCAUUUACAACCUAUCUAAGCAUUGCAUCCGUGAUAUACCUGGCAUUUCUAAUGAUUUAUUUGUUCUUUACUGUGGGAAGCACCUUUGCCGAUGGAAAUCCAAAGCCGUUCAAUGAAUCUCUAGGAGAGUCUGUCCCGUUUUUCAUAUCUUCCAUGGUGUGCCAGGCAAACAUGGUAAAGAUAUAUGGCGAGAUGGAGAAGAAAAGCAACAGAAACAUCAUUAUCGUGUCUUUGGGCGCUGCUAUUGGUGGAAUGCUCAUUAACUGUUUGAUUGGGUUUUUCGGGUACUUUGUGUUUGGAGAUGGAGUAAGCGGAGAAAUUGUGACGGAGCUUUCGGAUAUGAACAAUCCGAUCAAUAAGUACCUUAGAAGUGGGUGGGAUAAGAACAACAUCAUGUCUGGAAUGGCUGUCUAUGGAAUGAUGCUGACGCUGUUCGGUGGAUAUCCUCUGCAGGUCAACCCUGUUGUAGAUAUGAUCUUCAAGUUCCUUCCAGUAGAAAAAAGAACAGAAGUAAGCAGAAAAAUAAUAGUAAUCUUGUUAUUUCUGAUAGCAGUUUCCCUGAACCUUAUGGAGGAGCUCAAGACAAAGGUCAUGAAGAAGUAUCUUGGGGCUACCUUUUCCAAUUCUGUGGCAUUUGUGUAUCCAUUUGUAUAUUACUUGUCUACAAAGAAGGAAAAGUCUCUUGCAUCUAAGUCUGUAUGCACACUGAUGAUAGGAAUGAGCAUUGUUGUAAGUAUCUACACAAUUUUCAGGUCUCUAUAG